CCUGAGCUAAGACAGGCCUCUCAACAAGAUCUUGUCAACUCAAAAAUCAUAUUCAUUUUUUGUUGCUGUUGAGAAGCUAAUUGUCAUUUUACAUUUUUUGUUUUAUUUAAAAGGAAACCAGUGGGUUGAAAAUGAGACUAAAUAUCGCUAUCUUCUUUGGGGCUAUCUUCGGUGCUUUGGGAGUUUUACUGUUUUUGGUGGCUUUUGGAUCAGAUUAUUGGCUUCUUGCGACUGAAGUAGGGAAGUGUUCAGGUGAACAGAAUCUAGAGAAUGUUACUUUCCACCAUGAAGGAUUCUUUUGGAGGUGUUGGUUUAAUGGGAUUUUGGAAGAGAAUGACUCCAACAUCUGGAAGUUCUGGUACACCAAUCAGCCACCAUCCAAGAACUGCACACAUGCUUACCUGUCCCCAUACCCCUUCAUGAGAGGCGAGCCUAACUCCACUUCCUAUGACUCUGCAGUUAGUAAGUACCCCAUCCUUCAAGUGCCUCUGAAAGGGACUUAUCUUUCUUCAGGAUGCCUGCUGCAAAAUUUCUGUGGACAAUUAAAAAUAAUUUGACACCUGUAAUUCCAAUAUUUUAUCAGAUAUUA